GCUCCUUCCCCUAGCUCAAUCUAGGCUUCCAAGGCAGACCUGCAGACAAACCAAUGGCAGACCAAAGGAUGGACAUUUCUUCUACAAUUAAUGACUUCAUGUCACCAGAUCCUACUGACUUGAUCUCCAGUUCCCUUAGCACUUCAGGAAUGGAUUGUAAUAGGAAAAGGAAAGGAAGCUCUACUGAGUAUCAAAUUGAUGGCUUUCCUUUUGAGGAAGGUAUGGAUACAGAUAAAGAUGACCAACAUGGAAGAUUGGAGUAUACAGACCAACAAGGCAGAAUAAAAAAUGCAAGGGAGGCUCAUAGCCAAAUCGAAAAAAGGCGUAGAGACAAAAUGAACAGUUUUAUAGAUGAACUGGCAUCCUUGGUACCAACGUGCAACGCUAUGUCCCGAAAACUAGAUAAACUCACUGUGUUGAGAAUGGCAGUCCAGCAUAUGAAAACAUUACGUGGUGCUACAAAUCCAUAUACAGAAGCAAACUAUAAGCCUGCUUUUUUAUCAGAUGAUGAGUUAAAACAUCUUAUUCUCAGGGCAGCAGAUGGAUUUCUUUUUGUGGUGGGCUGUGACAGAGGGAAGAUACUGUUUGUGUCAGAAUCUGUCUUCAAGAUCCUCAACUACAGCCAGAAUGAUUUGAUUGGUCAAAGCUUAUUUGAUUACCUUCAUCCUAAAGACAUUGCCAAAGUGAAGGAACAGCUCUCUUCUUCUGACACUGCCCCACGAGAAAGGCUUAUAGAUGCAAAAACUGGACUCCCCGUUAAAACCGACAUAACACCUGGGCCAUCACGACUAUGCUCUGGAGCAAGACGGUCCUUCUUUUGUAGGAUGAAGUGCAAUAGACCUUCUGUAAAAGUAGAAGACAAGGAUUUUCCUUCAACUUGUUCAAAGAAGAAAGCAGACCGCAAAAGCUUUUGCACAAUCCAUAGUACAGGAUAUUUAAAAAGCUGGCCACCGACAAAAAUGGGACUGGAUGAAGAUAAUGAGCCAGACAACGAAGGUUGUAAUUUAAGUUGUCUUGUUGCAAUUGGACGGCUGCAUCCCCAUGUAGUACCACAACCAGUGAAUGGUGAAAUCAGGGUGAAACCUACAGAAUACGUUUCUCGACAUGCAAUAGAUGGAAAAUUUGUUUUCGUAGAUCAGAGGGCAACAGCCAUUCUGGCAUACUUACCCCAGGAACUUCUAGGUACUUCAUGUUACGAGUAUUUUCAUCAAGAUGAUAUAGGACAUCUUGCAGAAUGUCACAGACAAGUUUUGCAGACAAGAGACAAAAUUACAACCAACUGCUACAAGUUUAAAAUAAAAGAUGGGUCUUUUAUUACAUUGAGGAGUCGCUGGUUCAGUUUCAUGAACCCUUGGACCAAAGAAGUAGAAUACAUUGUCUCAACAAACACAGUUGUUUCCACCAGUGUACUAGACAGUGGGGAUGCAGCCUUUCCACAGCUUGCAGCUUCUCCACACAGCAUGGACGGCGUUCUCCAGGCUGGAGAAGGUGGCCCAAAAAGGACCCAUCCUGCUGUCCCUGGAAUUCCAGGUGGAACAAGAGCUGGGGCUGGUAAAAUAGGGAGGAUGAUUGCUGAGGAAAUCAUGGAAAUUCACAGGAUAAGAGGAUCAUCACCUUCUAGCUGUGGUUCAAGUCCACUGAAUAUUACCAGCACCCCACCACCCGAUACAUCCUCCCCAGGAGGCAAGAAGAUCUUGAAUGGUGGCACUCCGGACAUUCCUUCAGCGGGGUUACUGUCUGGGCAGAUGCAAGAUAACUCUGGUUACCCAUAUUCUGACAGCUCCUCUAUUCUUGGGGAGAACUCUCACAUAGGCAUCGAUAUGAUUGACAACGAUCAAGGAUCCAGCAGCCCCAGCAAUGAUGAAGCAGCGAUGGCUGUAAUAAUGAGCCUUCUUGAAGCAGAUGCAGGUCUUGGGGGCCCUGUGGAUUUCAGUGAUUUGCCAUGGCCCUUGUAAAUGAUGCACCUUGCUUCAACAUCCAAACAUCAAAGUGCAUUUAUUGGUGGAGUUCUGCAGUCUGUGAAACUUGUUGGAUGGAGAAGCUUUUAUGUACGAGUUUCAUAAAAGCCAUAUCGGAACGCAACUCAUCCUACCAUGUGUAACGUCAGACAACGUGGAAUAACCCGCUACAGUGUUUGUGUGGAUCUGGUUAGCUGUGUAUAGCUUGCAUUACUUGUAUAUUUUGGAUUCUGUUGUUUGAAUUUUUUUAAAAUCACUGUGCAACUCACUGGCAUCAGUGGUAGCUUUUAUAUGCAAAUGACCAUUUCAGAUGUAUGGUGUGUUUUUACACUGCAAAACAGUCCCCAUGUGGAUAUUUCUUAUACUAAUUGUACCAUAAAGCUGUUUAUUCUUUCUUGUAAGAAUUCCUUUACUAUAAAUAUUGUUAAAGUGUAAUGUAUUAGUUAAAUAUUUUUAAAAUAAAUGUUUCCCUUGUUCUAAAAUGGAGCAUUUACUUUGAUAAAUAAAUUUGAUAAAACCCUGCUGAAGGUGCAUGCUAGAA